AUGCAGGCGCAAUAUCUCCUACAAGUAGUCUUGGCGAGUGGCGGGAGGUUGUCCACUACGGAAAACUUAUGUUGUCUGAACGAGGGCGACAUCCCUGCAGACAUUCCAGCACAUCUGAAUGACGCCAUAAAAACUUUUUCAAAGGUAAAAAAGGAAACAAUUCCUGCUGAAGAAGCUGGUUCUUCGAUGGAUGUUGAAAUGGUGGCAAAAGCUGGAUCACAGUUUCCAGCACGCCGUCAGCAAAGCACACCGAGUCGGAUCGUCGGGCAGAACUACGACUGGCUCCUGUUUUUUCCCGAAAGCUGCCUGAAUCCGAUAGUGUCUAGUUUUUGA